AUGAGCCGGCGCUGGCUGCCCGCCAAGCUGCUGCAUGAGCUGAGCAUCAAGCAGGUUCACCUUGAGGCAGAGGAGCCCUCUGAGCACUGCAUCAUUCUGAUUUACACCUUCCCUACUGAGGAGAUUCGCAGGGAUGUCAAGAGCGCUCUUGAAUCCCUGCAAACGCACUUUGUGGAUGCUUUGGGCAGCGAGCCCAGACUGGUGGUUUUUGUGGAUGCCCAAAGCGAGCAUCUACUGGACCAAGAUGUGCGUCCCUUCACACGCCUACGCAUUACACCAGCCGUCAUUCCAGAGCAGGAGCUGAGGCGUCCCAUGCGGUCUUACAGCUGCCAGAGAGGAGAGGUUUGCACUUCAGGCAAUGAGGAGCUUGAGCUUGCAAUGGAUGCCCACCGUGGCAAGGUAAACGAAACUCAGUACUGGUCCCCAACCUACUUACGAAUCUCAAGGUAUACGGCUGGGCCGCUGUUCUUACAUCCUGCUUUAGACUCUUGUACACACUUCCUGAAGAUUGACACCGACUUUUUCUUCACGGAGCCACUCCAAUGGGAUCCCAUCCGAUACAUGAAGAACUCUGGCUUACGACUGGGCUACUGGCAGAUACACGUGCAGGGCCAGCGCCAGGAAGGGUACAUUGAAGCGGCAAUGUCCUUCCUCAAGGAGCAGCAGCUGCCUAUUCGCAAUAUGCGCUUCCAUGCACGUGGUCAGUUUGAGGAGAAGGCGAGGAAGCUACAGAUACCUCUGGAGUCUGUGCCGGUGGCGGACCAGGCAUCGACCGUGUUGUACGGCUGCUUGUUUGGUGGUGACACACGCUUCUUUCGGGAACCACUGUACCAGUCCUUCUUCGAGUACAUGGAUAAGCAGCAAGGCUUUGAAACCUAUGGUUGGAGCAACCAGUUUUUUCUGGGAACCGCCGCAGCGGCCUUCCUGGCCCCAUGCGAGGUCAGCCGGCUUUAUGUCAGUGGUGUGCACCAGGACUCAUCCAUCAACAUCUCACGCAGCGGCCACUUGAUCGAGUUCUUGCUGGGUGCCAGCCACGGCUUCAUGCGGUGA